CGCGCGCUCGCACGCAUGGUGCGUGGUGACGUCGCGGCGGCGCGGGCGCCAUCCCGGAAGCGCGAGCAAGGCCGCCAGAUGUGCAGGUGCUGCUGCCACCGACGCCGGGGCCGAGUUCGGGGCAGCGGAGGAGGAAGAAGAGAUGGACCCCCCGGACUCGGCCUCGAGGGUCUUCUGUAGCCGCAUCCUGAGCAUGGUGAAUGCAGACGAUGUCAACGCCAUCAUCCUCGCCCAGAAGAACAUGCUGGACCGCUUUGAGAAGACAAACGAGAUGCUGCUCAACUUCAACAACCUGUCAAGUGCCCGCCUGCAGCAGAUGAGCGAGCGCUUUCUGCACCACACAAGGACCCUGGUGGAGAUGAAGCGGGACCUGGACAGCAUCUUCCGCAGGAUCAGGACACUGAAAGGGAAGCUGGCCAGGCAGCACCCGGAGGCCUUCAGCCACAUCCCAGAGGCGUCCCUCCUGGAAGACGAGGAUGAAGACCCCAUCCCGCCUAGCACCACAACAACCAUUGCCACCUCGGAACAGAGCACAGGCUCAUGUGACACCAGCCCCGACACAGUCUCGCCCUCCCUCAGCCCCGGCUUCGAGGACCUGUCCCACGUCCGGCCCAGCUCCCCUGCCAUCAAUGGCCGCAGCCAUACAGAUGACGAGGAGAUGCUGAGCGAGUAGCUCUACUCCCAGGAGCUCGGAGGGGUCUCAGGGCAGCUGCGGUGCCACUGCCCAGAUGUCUGAGGUGGCAAUGGGUAACCCUGCCUUGAGACAGUCAGCUUUGCCACCCUACUCUGUCAUUUGGGGCUCACUGGGGGACAAGGCUCCCUCCCUGGGGUAUGGAAUUCCUGGGGAUCUAUCAUUCCCCCGCCUUCCUCACUGAGAACAUCUCUCUUCUGUAGACCCCUCUGCCAGGCCAGGGGAUGACCAGUCCAGCUGGAGUCGGGUUGGGCACAAGGGAGCUUUUCCAGAGCCAGGCCUGAGGUCUGCUCUGAGCAACACCUUAAGGUUCCCAGAGACCAGAGCCAGAUGUCCUCUGCUCCAGCACCCUGGUCAGGACCUCCUCAAGGUGGCCAAGCACUGUCAUGUCUGAGUUCACCCCAGCCCACCCCCGUGCCUACUAAUUCUGGUCUCCUUGCCCCUUCCUCCAAUGACAGUAUUGAAUACUUUCUCCAAUCAUUAUCUCAAGGAGGUUUCUGAGACAGCUGUAGAAGCCUCAAGGCAGAGAUUAGCCAUCCACUCAGCACGGAGCCUGGUUAGGCCAUUUCUCGGACCAGAGGUGCGGACCCUGAGAGCCCAGCAGGCUUCUCCUGGGGCCUCCAUGGAGCAAGCCGAGCCACCUUGGAGAACAGAGUUAAGCAGAAUAUUUUUGUACCCGAUGUUUACAGAUGUUGUUGGGAAGUUAUCAAUAAAUAGACUCUGUUACUAAAAAGGGAA